GUUGGUGUUGUUCUUUCGGUGAUUUAGCACACAUCGCAUGCCGGUUUGAUACGAGUGGUCAAUCAACUCGUGCACUUCGCGAAUCCGGUUUAUGUGGCGUUAACCUUCACCUCAGCCUAAGGUAUCUUUCCUGAUCCAGAUUGAAAUUGUACAACACGUAGUUGUAUCAAGGAUAUUUGGCGAUCCCAGGAUACGAGUUCUAAAUCUAGUGAUUGAUUUUUCUUCAUCUUUUGAAUUUUUGGUGUGUCCACUGAAAAGAAACCACCGAUCGAUUUGGUGCGAUGGCAGUCACUGUAAAUCAGGUGGUCCCAGUGGCCAUCGGGGUCCUGGUAGUGGUAGCUGGUGCCGUUUUAGCCAACUUACUCCUCAAAAAAGACAAAUCUGGUAAAUCGGGCAGCAAAACCAGCAGCGGAGGUUCCAGCAGCGACAAAAAGUCCAGCGAGCCUAGAACCCUUCUGGAUCCCCAAGAAAAAUAUCUGCUGCCACUGAUCGAGAAAGAGGAAAUCUCCCACGACACCCGCCGGUUCCGGUUCGGACUGCCUUCGGAUAAGCACGUGCUCGGACUUCCGGUUGGACAGCACAUUCAUCUGUCGGCAACGAUUAAUGAGGAACUUGUGAUCCGGGCCUAUACUCCGGUGUCCUGCGAUGACGAUCAUGGUUACGUGGAUUUGGUCGUUAAGGUUUACAAGAAAAAUGUCCAUCCCAAGUUUCCGGAAGGAGGCAAGAUGAGCCAGCAUCUGGAGAGUUUGGCCAUCGGUGAUCGCAUUGCAUUCCGUGGACCCUCGGGACGGCUUCAGUAUCUCGGAAACGGAAAGUUUUCGAUCAAGAAGCUGCGCAAAGAUCCGGCCCAGAUCUACGAAGCUGAUAAAGUGAGCUUGAUCGCUGGUGGAACCGGUAUCACCCCGAUGCUGCAACUGGUCCGCGAAAUUGUCAAACAUGCCGAUACCGACAAAACUCAGCUUUCGAUGAUCUUCGCCAAUCAGACCGAGGACGAUAUCCUGCUGAAACCAGAACUGGACGACCUGGUGGCUCGUUAUCCGGAUCGCUUCAAGCUCUGGUACACCCUGGAUCGGCCGAAGCCGGACUGGACCCAGGGCAAGGGUUUCAUCACCGACGAGAUGAUCAAGGAGCAUCUGUUCGAGCCAUCAUCCUCCAGCCUGGUGCUGAUGUGUGGACCUCCUCCGAUGGUUAACUACGCUUGCAUUCCGGCUCUGGAGAAACUUGGCUACCAGAUGGACCGUACCUUCGCGUACUAACGUGGUGUUCACGUUAAAACUAUCAUAACACACUCAAAAGACAUCCUUCAUCCUGCGUUUUCCCAUGUUGUUGAGAACCUGCGCAUCGUAGCAAAGCCUUAACGAAUUUAAACCACUCUGUGGUAGAAGUAUGUUUUAAUAGAAUCAGAAUCCCGCUCUAGAGAAGAACCGGUUGCAUUUGCAGAUAAAUGGGACGCUUUAUGUGAUUAAUAAUCGUCAGGUCGUCGUCGUUGUCGUCCUGGUGCCUGCGCACACUACCUUCAUCGUCGUGCUUAUCAUCAUCGAGUCGAGAGUUUGCCGUCGUCUGGCCUUAAAGUGUCGAGAACUCGGAACUAAUGAACUAACUAAUAUUUAGGAACAUCAUUCGUUACAUGUAUUUAUAUAGAUAUUCUACAUUGGAACGGUAAAAAUAACUGAAACAAAACAUCCGGUUUCUAAGCCACUGGUAGGACCUAUUAUGAAAAUUCAGUACGUUUAGAUGCGUAAGUUGAAAUAACCGCGUUGAACUAUUUGCAUUAGCCCCCUUUCUAGAAACAAGUGGAAGCAAGGCGUAAAUCGGAUAGUGCAUUUAGAGAAAAGCUAGGAAGGAAUUUACGUUGGAUCUAAAUUUAGAAACAAAAAAAAAUUUAAGAGAAAAUUAUGCUACCACUACUUUACAAGGCCAAGAUAUUAAAUCUCACUCCGGAACGUAGAUUUUGAAUCUACCCACCAGACGCUUCGGUGUCUUUGUCAAAGACAAUGAACUAACUACUAUGUGCGGGUUAGGUUCCCGGUUUACUAAACUAUAGAGAUUUAAAAAUAAAAUAUUUCUUUAGUGGAAAAA